AUGUUCAGAAAACACGGUCCAGAAGCCCUGGAGGUGGAACUCCGCAUGGAAAUGCAACGGAUUUCGGAGCGCAAUUUAGGACGUGAUGACCGGGUCAUUUCCGAUCACGGCCGCGAGGCUCGAUUUCCUUAUCUUGACGAGCGUGUCGUGCACUUUUUAAGAAAAGUUCCCAUACAACACAAAGUUGCCAGCUACACACCCCACUGUGUUCAGACUGAUCAUCCAGUCUGA